UAGGAUUCUCGUAGUCCCAAGAAGAAGCCACUGCUACAGCAUAGAAGAUUAAGUACCUGAACUAUACGAUAUGCCUGGUAGUGAGCUGUUGUGAAAACUGCCUUGCCUCCUCGAGGAUAUUAUUGACAUGUUACAUAUCACAUUACAACCUUAACAAAUAACCACUCGUGCAAACGGGAUUAAGGCGUCUGAGGCUCGCAAGCUAAUCUUUAGUUCGCUAUUACUUACGAGGUACUUAGUGCGGUAGCCUAUUAAUUUCAACAACUCUUUGGCCUCAAUAUGGCCAGUUGGUUCUGCCCGCAAAUCGAUGAGAUGUAGUACAACAGCCACUUAACCCAACGCUAGGCAUACGGCAUACACGUCAGGUUAUGUUAACAAGGCAACCUUAGGGGCUACUCAACUUGAUACAAUAUACCUGAGGUACCUGAGGUACCUGGGUAAUUUUCUUGUAUUCCUGCAACUAUAUUUACCCAAGUAUCCCAUCCUACGACUUUUUUAAACACUCACACCUGUGACCUUGUCCACCCAAAACACCACAAUUGCAGCACAACUCAACUUCACAAAUCAUUUGACACAUCUGAUUGCACAACUAACGUCCUUCAAAAUGGGCAGCAUCGAGGAGAGCACCAUGUCCGAGGAGAAGUCAAACCUUGGAAACCUCUCCAUCCUAACUAAAGUUGACAAGCUACGCGAGCUUAUCGGAACCAAGAUUGCCCUACCUCAGCUCGUAGUUGUUGGAGAUCAAUCAUCAGGAAAGAGCUCAGUGCUCGAGGGUCUGACCCAUUUCGGAUUUCCUCGUGAUGCAGAACUCUGCACACGCUACGCAACUCAAAUCACCUGUCGCCGCGAGAAAGAGGAGAGCAUACAUGUUUCCAUCAUCCCUCAUGAUGAAGCCUCUACUUACGACCAGGCGCGUAUCAAAAAGUUUCACCGCAGCCUGAAAGCGAUAACCCCCGAAAGUCUUGCUCAGUUGUUUAUGGAGGCAAAUGAAGCCAUGGGAAUAAAGAGCUCUACAAAGUCUACAUCACCCGAUGGUUCCAGUCUUCCAGCAUUCAGUGAGCAUAUACUUAAGAUCGAGAAGCUUGGCCCAGAGGAGGAUCACUUCACGGUUAUCGAUGUUCCUGGAAUCUUUCGAAAAGAAACUGAAGGCGUCACUACCGAGGCUGAUAUAGAACUCGUCAUGAACAUGGUGAAGAAUUACAUGAAGGAUCCGAGGACUAUUAUAUUAGCGAUCAUGCCUAGCAACGUAGACCCGGCGACACAAGAAAUAUUGAAGCUAGCCAAGAAGGCCGAUCCCUCGAUGACUCGUACUAUGGCCGUUCUGACAAAACCGGACUUAGCAAUUGAAAGCACAAUGCAGCAGAUUGCCAUCGACCACGUUACUGGCAGGAGGGGAGACCUCUUGCUUGGAUAUUACAUCGUCAAGAAUCGCGGUCCCGACGACGCACAUAAGACACUCAGACAAGGUCAGGCCGAUGAGAAAAGGUUCUUCUCCCAGGCCCCUUGGUCAUCUCUUCGGAAUACAGAAAGGGCUGGCGUGGAAGCGUUGAAGAAGCGUGUUCGUGAGCUUCUUGUCGAGCUUAUCAAGAAGGAGUUUCCAAAACUCAAAGCGGAUGUUGCGAAGGAGUUGUCAGCAUUAAGGUCAGAGCUCAACAAGAUGGGUCAAUCGAGAGGCCAUCAACACACGCAGAGAGCGUACCUCAACAAGAUAAGCGAGGCAUUCCAGGCCCUAGUCCGAGAUGCUCUCAAUGCAUACUACACCGGCAAUAAGAUGUUCGAAGAAAGACACGAUCUUAGGCUUAUUACGCGCAUCGUUGAAGCGAAUGAAAGCUAUUCGGAUGUCAUGUUAAGAAAUGGACACACCUGGCCUUUUGCCCCCGACUUAACACCUGAGGAGAAGGGAAAUGAGAAGGUGCGCAUACCAGUUGUUAGUCUUACUAGUACUCACGUGGUUCCCAACCCUGACGACGGCACCUACCCCGAACUUGAAGAGAUUUUGGACGAUUCUCUAGACGUUAUCAUGGAAGACGUUAGCGGCGAAGGUGAUAUCAUGGACUAUAUCGCAGGAGUUUAUAAAGAUAGUCGUGGACAAGAUCUUGGAACAUUUGGUGUUGCCCUUGUUUCAACCAUGUUCAAGGAGCAGUCUAAGAAAUGGAAGUAUAUCACGCUGGAUUACGUGAACCGAGUUAUUUGGAUUGUUCACCAUUUCAUCGUCGAAGCUAUUAAAGAAACCUGCCCUGACAAACGUGUUCGUGAAGAGCUAUGGAAUGGGCAUCUUCUUGAUGAGCUACAGGAUGCAUAUCGCAAAGCCAUCGACCAUGUGAUGUUCCUACUCGAAAUUGAGCGUGACGGCCCCCCCUUGACUCUGAAUCAUUAUUUCAACGACACCCUUCAAAAGGCUCAGAGCGGCCGUUUAGUGGAUGCUCUUCGACAACUCGGAUCAGAGAAAAUGGUGACCAUAACAGAUGGGACCAAGCUCGGCAACACAAGCCGCACAGAGAAGGGUAUAUUCCUGAGCGAUGUGCAAAUGAACAAUUUGUCUUUCAAUAUGGCCAACUCGGAACAUGUUCAGGAGUAUAUGCACGACAUACUUAAGAGCUACUACAAAGUCUCUCGUAAGCGGUUCGUCGACGUCGUUUGUCAGCAGGUUGUCAAUCACUAUCUAUUGCAAGGGAAAUGCAGCCCACUCAAGAUCUUCAACACCGAGAUGGUGCUGAACCUCACCGAAGAGCAGCUAGACAUGAUCGCAGCGGAAGAUACGCCAGUCAAGCGACGCAGGGAGAAACUUGGGCGCGACAUUACUAACUUCCAGGAAGCCCUGAAAGUUUUGAAAGGUUCGGGUUGAAUUAACCAGGGAGAAGUUGACAAGUGGAGGGUGUAGGUUACGUUGAUCUUGAGAUUCUCUUCUUAUGGGGUCUUAUUUAAUCCGGAUAGACAGUGCUGCAUAUGCGUAGCACUAGGGCUGCUCCCUUUUGCAAUAUAUGCAGCAAGCUUUGCUAGUUGAUGUAGCAAAUGUCAUGAUAGCUCCCCUAGUUCUACAUCCCAUCCACUGGGAUCCUAAUAAACUGACGGAACAAUUCAUAAAGAGCACUUUACUUGCUUAGCUUGUCGUGUGAAG